UGAAGGAUUCAACAUCUAAUAUAUAUAUAUAUAUAUAUAUAUAUACAUACAUAAAAAUGGGUUCAGAUAAACCCGUGGGUCCUUGCUAGCUCCGACCCUGCAUCCUUAUAUGUAUUGUAUCUCAAUGGAGACUAAAAAAUAUACUAGAUGUGGUUCAUUAUGUAUAGGUGGGAAAAGAAUGGAGUUUUUCUAAGUGUAUAAGGAAACAAACAUGGAGCUUUUAGUCAAAAGUGGAUAACUUGAAGUUUUUAGGGUAAACUGGAUAGUGAUAUAAACUUGGUGGAUAACUUUAGUACCAUUAUUUAUUACUAUUAUGGAAGUACAUACACAAGUUUUUGAGUGUAUAGGAAUUAUAGCUUAACAUAAGCUUUAUUCAACCCUUUUAACUUCUCCCCCGUGAUGGCACAAACUAAUGCAGCAUACCUCAGAUUAACCGAAGGUUCUACCUUAUUUUUGGUGAAGAAGAUGAAAUAAUGAGGAAAGUAAAGACAGAGUAAUGCAUCAGUUACGAAACUUAGGAUUUUACUUUUACAGCUCAUAAUUGAUAGCUUCAAGAAGUGGCUAGUUUGCAUAAGGUAUUGUGACUUUGGUACUUUAGCUAAUGUUCAUAUGGGUUGUAGUCUUUCUUGAUUAUAAGGUUUUUCUUUUACUUUUUCAUUCUUGGCUGCUAUCCUCAAGCAGUGGCGGAACUACCUACCGGGAAAGGGAUUCAAUUGAGUCUCCUUCGUUGGAAAAUUACACUGCACAAAUAGGGAUUUUAUAAAGUGUGGGAUAAAAGUUUAUAGAACAAAUGGUGGUCUUUUGACCAGAAUGAAUCCUCAGGCCUUCAUUAGGCUCUCAAUUGGGUCACUGGGGUUGAGAGUGCCUGCAACAACUUUAAAUGGUGCAAAAUCAUGGAGAAGUGCAUUAUCUUUUCCUUGUGUGUGCGAGAUCCGUCUUCGAGGUUUCCCUGUGCAGACAGCACUGAUUCCAUUGGUAUCUUCUCCUGAAACUUCUCCAGAUACUAACAAUAUCGCCUCUAGUUUUUAUCUUCAAGAAUCUGAUUUGAAAGCAUUACUGGCACCUGGAUGUUUAUUAAAGCAUCAUGCAUGUCUAGAGAUAGUUGUUUUCACAGGACGCAAUGGAACUCACUGCGGUAUUGGUAUUAAAAGGCAGCAGAUUGGGACAUUUAAGUUGGAAGUAAGUCCUGAGUGGGGUAAUGGAAGGCCAGUCAUUCUGUUCAAUGGCUGGAUACACAUUGGCAAGAACAAGUGGGUGAAUGGAAAUCCUGGAGCAGAGCUUCAUUUGAGAGUGAAGCUAGAUCCUGAUCCAAGAUAUAUUUUCCAGUUUGAAAAUAAGACCAAACUAAGUCCUCAAAUUGAUCUGCUUCAAGGAACCAUCAAGCAACCUAUUUUUAGUUGCAAAUUUAGCCAAGACCGAGUAUCUCCGCGAGACCCAUUGAGUAACUUUUGGUCUAGCUCUUUUGAUGGCUCUGAACUCGACAUUCGAAAUAGAGAGAGGAAAGGAUGGAAUGUGAAGAUACAUGAUCUCUCUGGCUCGGCUGUUGCAGCAGCCUUCAUAACAACUCCUUUUGUACCGUCAACAGGUCGUGAUUGGGUGGCCAGAUCCAACCCAGGAGCUUGGUUGAUUGUUCGUUCUGAUGUUUGCAUGCCUGAAAGUUGGCAUCCAUGGGGAAAGCUUGAAGCAUGGCGUGAACGUGGGAUCAGAGACUCCAUUUGCUGUCGCUUUCAUCUACUAACCGAGGGUCAGGAAUGGGGGGAUCUUCUUAUGUCUGAGAUCUUGAUCAGCGCUGAAAAGGGUGGGGAGUUCUACAUAGACACGGACAGACAGGUUCGAGCAGCAUCGAGUCCAUUGCAUAGUCCAAGAGUCAGUGGAGCCUUUGCGGCACUAAGUCCUGCAGCAAGUGGGUUUGUCAUGAGCUGUCGGGUGCAAGGGGAAGGGAAAUGCAGCAAGCCCCUUGUGCAGCUUGCCAUGCGACAUGUGACUUGCGUGGAGGAUGUUGCCAUUUUCAUGGCUCUUGCAGCUGCAGUUGAUCUGAGCAUCGAAACAUGCAGGCCCUUCCGCAGAAAGCUUCGAAGAAGUGCUAGCCAUUCCUGGUGAUAUAUAUGUUGUACUGAUUUCCUCUUGAUGAAGAAAGCCAAGCCACUGUAGCUCUUCCGAUUGUUGUAACAACUUGGUUUGCUGUACAGAUUGAUCUACAUGUACUUGUCUUCCGGAGAAUGUGCUUCAUUUCCAUUUUAACCCUUGACGAGCCCAUACAGUAUAAACUGACUCAUUAUAUUUGUAAUAUACUUUAGGAGGUGGUCUAGUUGUUGCUUAGGAAGCGACUUGUUCGUCGUAUGUAUUAAAACUAACAUGAUUAAUACGAUGUUUCAGAAGUAGCUUUUUAGUUGCUUUGUAUAAA